AUGUUAAUUAAUAUUGGUUAUGAAGCCCUUUUCUUUUCUCGAAUGCAUUAUUUGGAAUUAGAAAACAGAAUAAAAAAUAAAAGUUUGGAAAUGUUAUGGCAGACAGAUGAAAAUGGAGAUGCUACAAGGUCUUUAUUUACAAGUACCUUCUCCAGAGGAACAUAUACACAACCUAAAGGAUUUUGUUUUGACCCAACUUGUCCUUAUCCAGAUUUUAUAAUAGACAAUCCAGAAUUGGAAGGAUACAAUAUUGACCAGAAAUUAAAUGAUUUUUUAAAUAUUGUUAAUGAACAGGCUAAAGUUCAAAGACAUAAUCAUGUUUUAAUUGCAAUGGGUGGAGAUUUUACAUAUUCAAAUGCUGAACUUUGGUUUAAUAAUCUAGACAAAUUAAUUUUGGCUGGGAAUAAAAAAAAAAACAUAACAAAUGUAAAUAUAUUUUAUUCAACCCCAACUUGUUACAUAAAAGCUUUAGAACAAACAACAAAACCAAACUUUCCAAAAAGAGAUGGAGAUUUCUUUCCUUAUGCAGAUCAACUUGAUAGGUAUUGGACUGGUUAUUUUACUAGUAAACCGUCAUUAAAAGGAUUAACUAGAAAGUCAUCUUCUUUACUUCAAGUAACGAGAGCAUUAUAUACACUAAUGAAAGCUAAAACUAAAUUAAAUUCUGAUAAUUUAAAAAUGGAAUUAUUUGAACGUUCUAUAGCUUUAACAACACAUCAUGAUGCUAUAACAGGGACAUCAAAAGAAUUAGUAACUAAAAAUUAUAUGAAACGUCUUUUACAGGGUUGGGAUGCUGCUGAAAUAAUAUUAACUAAUACUUUGGCUUUUUUAACGAAAAAAGAAGAAAAUAAAAUUAAUAAAAAUAAAACUUUAAAUGUUUUUCCAACACAAAAAUUAUGUAGACGAUUAAAUGAAAGUUAUUGCCCAGAAAGCAUGUAA